GCGGAGUGUGAAAUGAUCAAAAUGAACAUUUCCACGUCCUGGGAAAUAAAAGGAAGCUAAUUUUAAUCUAAUCUAAUCUUUUAAUUUGUUUGUUGAACGCAUUCACGUUCAUUUAUCUGCUCAUUGUGACAUCCUAAAGUGUGGAGAAUGGCAUUGUUUUGAACACAUUGUGAAAGGACGAAGUGGUUAGCAGUAACGUUAGUCACGUUAGCUAGGUAAAGAUGAUGGAAGACUUCUCAGGACUGGCUUUGCCCCCUCUUUUUGGGGGCCACAUUCUCGAAGCGGAGUUGCCUGACGAAGUAGAACUCGGAUCAGGGGAGGUAGAGCUGGGACCUGGAGGAGAGCUCUUAGAUAGUGGAGAGCCAGGGCCAGACGAAGAGGAAAGAAGAGAGCUUGACAAGAGGAAAUACCUAGUACUCAGCCAGAGAUGCAAAGAGAUAGAGCAGGUGAACGAGAAAAUUCUCGGACGCCUCCACCAGGUACAAAGAAUAACUCGGCGACUGAAGAAAGAAAGGAGGUAUUUGAUGAAAACCCUGGACUCGUAUGGAGACGACUAUAGGAAUGCACAGCUAACCAUUCUCCUCGAGGAUGAUGUUGGAGCCACAUUAGAGUGCCUGCCGGGAGCAGAGGAUGACAGACCAAACGGCCACGCCAGUUCCUCUCCUUCUCUGCCACAAUGCACUGCGGGGACAAAGAAGAAGAGGCAUCGCAUUCCCAAGGAGAAAGAGAAAGAGGCACAGGCGGACACAGAUCUCUCCAUGCUUGCUGAUUCACAAUUUACAGGGUUCCCCAGCCCAAACUCACUCUCGCACUGACCUCCUCAGGACAAGUUCAUGUUAGACCCGAUGUGCCACCUUCAAAUCUUCCUGCAAAAUGCAUGGACACUUGAUGCAUUGCUGAACAUCUUGUGUGUGUGUGUGUGUGUGUGUUUGAGAUAUUUGGAUUAAGAUGUGCUAGAAUUACCAGUACAGAAAGUCUAUUUUUUCACAUGUUUAGUGUAUUUAAACUAGUUUUGACCAGCAGGGCAAGUGAGGACAUCAAAAGCUGUAUCCCAGGAUAAAACUAGUUUCUGAACUGUGACCCUGUGUCCAGGCUUGCCAGUGGUUCUAUGAAUUUUGAAACAAAAAUGAGUCUCGUCUUUGGGUUGAUGUAGAAUCUGAGUUGAUAUUGUGUGUUAUCCACCUGUCAGUGAUCGGUGACAGCUCUUCUACAGUGGUGUUUGCAAUAUUUUUUUAGCUGUUGAGCACUAACAAAGGUUUUUUUGUUUUUGUACUAUGUUAGCAUGUAGCCACAUAACAUGACCCAACCCAACAAGAAGCAUAGAUAGCAUUGACACUUCUGUAAACAAAACUGAAGAUAAAAUGCAAUAUUUUUUCUGUCAGUCUCCAAUAAUAGAAUAAAUAUAAAACAGAUUGACUUGUAAUAACCCUGUUGUAAUUUAUAAACUUUGCAUUUGUAAACUUUUGUUUCACAUUGUACAAGUAUAAUGAAAUACUGACACUUCUAGCAAUGGCUAUAAUUUUAUUUACAAGACAAAUAUAAAGGACAUGUACAUCAGAAUCUUAAUCGCAAAUUUUGCAAGAACAUUCUGUACCAAACUUGGAGGGGG